UUCUCUUCCUUAACCUCGGCCUUCUCUUUUGGAAUUCCGUCUAACUUUUAGGGUUUCAUAUUUCAAAAUCACUACCUCGCUCGUUCCCUUUUUUAACGGUUUGUUAAAAAUAUAGCAUUUAAAUUUCGAACAAUGUUCCCGUCGAUGAGGCAGCAGAAGCUAGGGAAGGAAUCGGAAGUGUCCGAUACGCCGUCGAACAAUCUAUGGGUGGGAAACUUGUCGGGCGAGACGGUGGAUUCGGAUCUGAUGGAAUUAUUCGGCAAGUUUGGCGAACUCGAUAGCGUCGCCACGUACUCUUCUAGAAGCUUCGCUUUCGUGUUCUUUAAACGCGUUGAGGAUGCGAGGGCGGCUAAGGACGCUCUCCGAGGAGCUACCUUGCAAGGAAACCAGAUCAAGAUUGAGUUUGCUCGACCGGCAAAACCUUGUAAGAGUCUAUGGGUUGGUGUUGGUGGAAUUAGCCAAACUAUUUCAAAGGAGGAAUUGGAAGAAGAAUUUUCCAAAUUUGGUAAAAUUGAAGACUUCAAGUUCCUUAGAGAUCGUAAUACUGCAUUUAUUGAGUAUUUCAAAAUGGAAGAAGCUUCCCGUGCUAUGAGAAGCAUGAAUGGGAAGAAAAUAGGUGGUGCACAGAUACGAGUUGAUUUUUUGCGAUCUCAUCCUUCAAGAAGAGAACAGUGGCCGAUCUCUCAUGAUUUCAGAAAUGGUCCUUUGGCCGGGAGGAUGGGGCCAUCUGAUAGCCUUUUGGCAAACAGACCUCAUUCUCAAUUAGGUGGGCAAAAGGGAGACGGUCAGCCUAGCAAAGUUUUGUGGGUAGGUUAUCCUCCCGCUGUUCUGAUUGAUGAACAAAUGCUUCAUAAUGCUAUGAUACUGUUUGGUGAGAUUGAGAACAUUAGGAGCUUCCCUUCAAGGCACUUUGCCUUUGUGGAGUUCAGGAGUGUGGAGGAAGCUCGUCGUGCUAAGGAGGGCUUACAGGGUCGUUUAUUUAAUGAUCCAAGGAUCACCAUUAUGUUCUCAAGUAGUGAAUUUGCACCUGGAAAAGAUUACUCUGGCUUUUAUUCAGGCAAAAAGGGGCCAGGGUCCGACAUUCUCUUGAGUGAUAAUCCAUUUAGGUCUUCACAAAUGGACAUAUUUGGUCAAAAUCCUACAGUACUACCUAGUACAGUAACUGGACCAUUAGCAACUAGUGGAAUUCUUGGACCAAAUGUGCAAAUCAGGCCAUUUAAUCAUCAAGGUAGCUAUGAUCAUCUGCUUUCAGGUUUGGAAUACAAAGAUUUGUCUGUGCAUCGUAAUAUGUUGGAUGCUGAUCUCAAAAAUCCCACGGUUCCAAAUUGGAGGAACUCUUCUCCUUAUGACCCUUCUGCUCAAGGUCUCAGACCUCCAUUUAGACAGGCAUCUGGUUCUUGGGAUGUUUAUGACGUGAGUCAAUUUCAGAGAGGUGCAAAACGUUCGAGGAUAGAGGCUUCAUUGCCCAUUGAUGAUGGUUUACCUUUAAGAAGGAUGGAUGAUCUUGGGCCUGUUUCAGACCACAUUGGGCCAGUAAUUGGUGUGGGUGUUUCAGGUCCAUUUUUGAAUGUCCAGGGGAAGGAUCGUGUUAAUCCAGUGCCUGUAAAGAUCACUGCUGGUGGACUCGGACGAGCUCAUGCCGAUAAUGAUUACAUUUGGCGUGGCAUUAUUUCCAAGGGUGGAACAGCUGUUUGUCAUGCUCGAUGUGUUCCCAUUGGAAAGGGGCUCGAGACAGAACUUCCCGAAGUUGUUAACUGUUCUGCCAGAACAGGAUUGGAUAUGCUAGCAAAACACUAUUGUGAGGCUAUCGGAUUUGAUAUUGUUUUCUUCUUACCUGACAGUGAAGAUGAUUUUGCAUCAUACACUGAAUUUCUUCGCUACCUUGGUUCAAAAAACAGAGCUGGUGUUGCUAAGUUUGAUGAUGGGACAACACUAUUUUUGGUGCCGCCAUCGGAAUUCUUAACGAAGGUUCUCAAAGUUGCAGGACCUGAACGGCUCUAUGGUGUUGUUUUAAAGUUGCCUCCACAGUUGCCUAUCACUACACUGCAGUCGCAUCCAUCCUUUCUUUCUCAUCAUGAUUAUAAUCUUGCACGCUUGAAGGAUGAACAAGCUUUGCCGAUGGAGUAUGGAAGGGUUAUGCAUGAGGAAUCGGUACCUUCUGCAAGACCACUUGGGCAAUCUACUGUACAAAGUCAACCACCACUCAAUAAUGCUACGACACUUCCCAAAACUGGUGUUUCUUUAACACCUGAUCUGAUUGCUACCCUAACUUCUUUCCUCCCAACUGUUUCACAGUCUGCUGCUGUUGGAGAUGUCCAGCCUCCACUGGUGGCAUCCACUACACAGUCCUCAUUUACUAAAUGCAUUGCGCCAAGAGGAGCUGCACAGGUUUGGAACCAGGAGCAGCAAGCUUAUGACCCUGCAGCCUCAUCUUUCCAACAGUACAAUCCGCCGGCACAGUUACCACCACCAUUUCAGCAUUACUUUUCUAUAACCAGUCACCCAUAGUCCACCCAGAUGGCUCUUGGAAGCACCAAGAAUCUGGAUUCUGCAGUCAGCUUACCACAGCAAACGGCUGCAUCUUCAAGGCCAUUAACUAAUUUCAAUAUCCCUUCUCAAAGAGAACAUGGUGCAGUUCCUGCCUCUGUUAGCCAGCAGUAUCAUCCCGAGGUCCCUUCUAAUACACGGAAUGGCUAUGGAAUGAUGCAUGGAUCAGAUGCUUCCGGGUUGUAUGGUGUGCCAGAUUUUCAGCAGCCGAGCAAUGCUAAUGUUUCGUCUAAUCAGGUUCAAGGUGCUAAUGUUUCUCAGCCACUAAAUUUGAUGCAAGGUGACAAACAAAAUUUGGAGCUUCCUAGUCGUGGACAGCAGCAGCAAUCUGUGGUUUCUGGAGCUGGUCAGGGCAUAUCAGAUGUGGAUGUUGAUAAAAACCAGCGAUACCAGUCAACUCUGCAAUUUGCAGCUAGUCUUCUCCUCCAGAUUCAGCAGCAGCAGCAGACAAAUACUCCUGGUGGACAAGGGGCGGGGAAUCAACACUGAUAUCUUCUCCAAUCUAGGUAAUUGUCUCUUAACUUGUUUUCUUGAACAUAUACAUGCUAAAUUGGUUAGUUUAGGGAAUUUCUUGAUUUUUUUAUGUGAUGAUAGCUGUAUGUCGAGUGUUAUUAUCCUUCUUUUAUAUGGUUGCAUAUGCAUUCUGAAAAUUAUGCAUAACCUUGGUGAUUUAGAGCUUGGAAAAUGUAGCCGUAGUGUCAUGCAAUUUGGCCAGAUAGUUUACUAUUUUGUGAAUAGAAAAUGGGCCAUCUUUAUUGUAAUGAGAUGGCUGCAAUCCUUUUUGUUUGUUAAAGUGUUUCAAGGUUGCAUUUUGAGAAUGUUAUGGGGUUGAUUGUGACAAAAAGGAUAUGGGUGUUGCUUUACUCUGAUAUGAACUUUUCAAGAGGUUGUAUGUGUGGCCUAUUAGCGCAUGCUGUGAUGUCCUAUAUAUCGUCUCAUGAUGUUUGAAAGCUGAUUCACUGUCAACAAAAUCAUGGUUUC